AGCCGUCUGGUUUCCUAGGAAACAAAGUCUUGGCUAGAAAUAGUGAAUCAUUUCCAGGUCACUUUCAACAUGGAGAGUGGAGCAGGGAAGCAUUGGACUGAGGAGGAGGUUAAAGCCUUGCUAAGCGUCUGGUCAGAAAAAACCAUCAGAAAGCAGCUCCACGGCACCCUGAGGAAUAAAGGAAUCUUUAUCUACAUUGCUAAAAGGUUGCAGGAGUUGGGGGUUUGCAGGGACUGGAAACAGUGCCGUGCAAAGUACAAAAACCUCAAGUACGAGUACAGAACGGUUAAAUAUGCCCACACCUCGGGGGAUGCCACUAAAACCAUGAAGUUUUUCCAUGACCUGGAUGCCAUAUUGCGAUACGAACCUGUCACACAGUUAGCAGCAGAAGAGAACGGCAGGUGUUGUUCUGCGACCCAGCCACGGCUCCACACAAGCCCCACAGCAGACAGCACGCAAGGUGAAAUAUCAGUUUCUUUAGAAGAUGAUGAGGAUGUUCCAGGAGAUCCACUACUUUUUAUGUCCCAUGUCAGACCAGCCCGACUAGACGCUGCAGGUGAGGCACCGUCGGCAGCAGAGGCUUCCAAAGCACCGGCUUUGAUCCCGACCGUGGCAAACGAAGGAGGCAAGCACUGGACUAUUAACGAAGUCAGAGCUCUGAUACGUGUGUGGUCAGACAGAAAUAUCCAGCAACAGCUGGAGGGGACCGUGAGAAACAAAAGAAUAUUUGAACAGGUUGCUGCUAGACUUCAGAAGUUUGGAAUUGACAGGGACUGGAAGCAAUGCAGGACUAAAUACAAAAACCUGAAACACGAGUACAAGAGUGCAAAAAGUGCCCAAGACUCAGGGAGCACAAGCAGAAGUAUGAAAUUCUUCCGUGAACUGGAUGCUAUUCUGGGGCACAGCACCGUGGAGCAAGCAAGGAAAUCAGACAAUGAUGAAAGUGAGAGGCCUCCAGAGUGGGCAGAAGCAAAAUCAGAAAAGGAAUCCAUAGACAUGCCUGGAGACACAGGUGAAGAGGAUUCUCUCAGCAACCUGUCAGAAGACCUACGAGCAGCAGACACAAAGAAAGCUGCUGACUCAGAUGAUGUUACUGCAAGCACUGAUCCAGAGAGUCAAGCAGCUCUGCAAGGAAUGAAAGAAACAGCCUGGACAAAAAUCCUUGAAGCUGAGGGAGACUUUGCUAAUUCCACCGCAGCAGCUCUGGAAGCUACUCAAGUAAAGAAGGAGACAAUUGAAAUAGAUGAUGACUCCACAAGCACUACCUCAGAAGACAGACCCUGCACACCAGUAGCAAAGCAGGUGGUUGGUACAGACCAUCAGAUCCCCUUGGAGGAAGCACAAAAUCACUUCAAAGUUGUUACAGUGAGCGACAGCGGAGCGGGGAAGCACUGGAGCGAUAACGAAGUCAGAGCGCUGAUAAACAUAUGGUCAGAUGACAAGAUCCAGCAGAUGCUUGAAGGGGCCACGAGAAACAAGGAAAUCUUUGAGGAGAUUGCCAGGAGGUUAAUGAGACGUGGCAUAGACAGGGACUGGAAACAGUGUCGCACCAAGUACAAGAACCUGAAGUACGAGUACCGCGCGCUGCAGAAGGAGAACGAGCACCUUGGCAAUCCCAGGAGGAAAAUGAGGUUUUAUGAUGAGGUUGACUGUAUCUUAAGAAGGCAGCCCCUGGGUCCCUCAGGCUGGGGAUGUGAAAGCUCAAGUCUCCUACCAGUGUCAGUGGGAGAUGUUCCAGCAAACACAGGACCCUUGGGCAUCAAGAGAAAAACAUGGAAUGAUGAGGUGUCACCUGUUCCACUCAAGAAGAGUGCUUCUGAAAACACCAUUCUCCACUUCCAGAAACUGUUAACAGAGAGAGUGCACACAGUGACGGAAGGCAAAAAGUUACUGUUAGAAAGGCUGUGCAAGCAGGAAGAGAUGCAAGACCCCUCCAGAGCACAGCUGUAUGCUGACCCAGCAGCCACACAACAGGUGUCCGCGCCCGCUCCCGCCGCUGUCGCCAUGGCCCCCGCAGCAUCAGACCUGAAACUUGGUAAAAAAGUUAACGAAGGCAAAACGAAAGAGGUGUACGAGCUGCCAGACAUGCCGGGCUGCGUCCUCAUGCAGUCCAAGGACCAAAUCACGGCGGGGAACGCAGCCAGGAAGGACCGGAUGGAAGGCAAAGCUGCCAUUUCCAACGCCACAACCAGCUGCGUGUUUCAGCUGCUGCAGGAAGCUGGAAUCAGAACAGCUUUUGUCAGGAAGCAGAGUGACACAGCAUUCAUAGCAGCCCACUGUGAGAUGAUCCCCAUUGAAUGGGUGUGCAGAAGAAUUGCUACUGGCUCCUUCCUCAAGAGAAACCCUGGUGUGAAGGAGGGAUAUAGAUUUUACCCACCCAAAAUCGAGAUGUUUUUCAAGGAUGAUGCUAACAAUGAUCCACAGUGGUCUGAGGAGCAGCUCAUUGAAGCCAAAUUCUGUUUUGCUGGCCUUACUAUUGGGCAGACUGAGGUGGACAUCAUGUCUCGCUCCACUCAAGCCAUCUUUGAGAUCCUGGAGAAAGCAUGGCAGCCCCAGAACUGCACCCUGGUGGACCUGAAGAUUGAAUUUGGUGUUAAUGUUCUGACCAAAGAAAUUGUUCUGGCUGAUGUUAUUGAUAAUGAUUCCUGGAGACUGUGGCCAGCAGGAGACAGAAGCCAGCAGAAAGACAAACAGUCCUACCGGGACCUGAAAGAAGUGACUCCUGAAGCACUGCAGAUGGUCAAGAGGAACUUCGAGUGGGUUGCAGAGAGAGUGGAGAUGCUCCUGAGAAGCAAGAGCCAAGGCCGAGUGGUGGUGCUGAUGGGAUCUUCUUCAGACCUCACUCACUGUGAGAAGAUCAGAAAGGCCUGUGGCACCUUUGGCAUCCCCUGCGAGCUCAGGGUCACCUCUGCUCACAAGGGGCCAGAUGAAACCCUCAGGAUCAAAGCAGAGUAUGAAGGAGAUGGAAUCCCAACAGUGUUUGUGGCAGUAGCUGGCAGAAGCAAUGGCUUGGGGCCAGUCAUGUCUGGUAACACUGCUUACCCCGUGGUCAACUGUCCUCCCCUCUCAGCUGAGUGGGGCACUCAGGAUGUGUGGUCCUCUCUCAGACUCCCCAGUGGCCUUGGCUGUCCUACUACUCUGUCCCCUGAAGGAGCUGCCCAGUUUGCUGCCCAGAUCUUCGGGUUAAACAACCACUUGGUGUGGUCCAAGCUGCGAGCCAGCAUGCUGAACACUUGGAUCUCCUUGAAGCAGGCUGACAAAAAGCUGCGUGAGUGCAGCUUGUAAGUGGUGCUGAGCAGUACCUCUCGCCUGCUCUGCAGGGUCACAGCUGCUAGGCUUUACCUUUGGAUCAGCUCACAAGUCCUGCAUCCUUUCUCCCAGAAGGCAUUGUUAGAGCAGCAGCUGAAGUCUGUUCUCAUCCUUCCCUCCUCUAUUUUUGUAGUGUAACAACUUAGUGAAAGAUGGGGAAGUGGCAUUUUAGGUACCUCUUGCUGUUGCUCCACGAUGGUGCUGCUCUGCUUUCCUAUUGUGUCCUGGUACCUACAGCCCACCUCCAGAGAAUGCUUGGGUGCCAGCUGAGUAGAACCCAACUAGUCUGCUGUGUUCUGUAACUGAUGGAUGCUCUUCCAUAGUCCUCAUCUGUGUGUCCUGACCCUUCUGGCUGGAGCCAGUGCUGCUGCUGUUCUGCUUGCAAUGCUGCCUGCCGUAGUUAGCAAUACGAUGAUAACCUGGGCUGUACUCGCAGGAGCAAGGGCUGGAAGCAUGUUUUGAGCCUGACAAAUGCCUGCCUUACUGAAACAGCAAGGAUCUGCACCCCAGGGAGGGGUCAGGUUUAAGUGGGGGAAAGGCAACACCAACUCUCUUGUUCAUGCCUGGUUGCUGUAACUCUUGCCUGGUGCAGUCUGCCUCGGGCACAUCUCUGCCUUCUGUAUCUCUAAAGGGUCUGUGUGAUGCUGUCAACCUCUCUCCCUGCACUUCAGGGGUUGCAGCCAGUAGCUGGCUCUAUUUCUUCACUCUUUCUUCACUGAAGGAGGGAAUAAAUAGCACAGCACUGAAGUGCUGGAGGCAAAUGUGAGCAUGAGUGUCUUGUCCUUGCACCCCUCUGCAUAGGCACCAUUCUAACAGAGAUGCAGUCCCUCAAUGGAUGUAACAGUUAUGCUUUUCCAAGUGCAAAUAAACUGUGGAAGUCAGAA